AAGUCUCACUCAUUUUGAAGAAUUGCCGGCUUUCCUUAAAACUUUGUUUUCUUGUGUCAUUCUCAUGUUUACAUUAUUUUAAUUUUCUGAAGAUAUUUAUCAGUUGGACCAGGCUUACUGACAUAACGGCGAGAAUACCAGACCACCACCCACCAUGUCUAGCUUAUCCUCUUGCCUUUCCCUGACCAAAAACCUUGUUCAUGCUUCCCUUUCCAACAACAACAACAACAACAAUGGCUCACUACCACCUCCACCACCUCUCCAAGCCAAUCCCACCAAACCUCCAUUGAGCAGCAGAAACCAGACCCCAACAGUUCUACCAAGAAAGAAGCAGAAAAACCAACCACAACGCAAGCCAAGGCAACCUUCUGUCAUCGAAAUCGAACGUGCUAUUGGUGGCGGCAGAUUUCGUGAUGCCGACCCCAGGGAUUUGGAAGAACAGAAGAACGCUAAAUUCGACAUGUCAAUGAUGAACUUUCCUAGCAAGUUUGAAGGGCCAGUGGAGAAGAAGCUUCGCGAGACAGGAGAGUGGAUAACCAAUAAAACUGAAAGAGGCUUCCGUUUGUCCGGCAAGAAAAUUCUGAAGUUUGUGUUUCUGUGGUUGCUACCAAUUUGGAGUUUCUCACUCCUAGUGGCCUCUGGGACCAUCAAGCUAAACUCCCCAUUUAUUAAUGACCUCAUUAUGUGAAUAAAUUUUACUUCAAAUUUUCAACAGUCAAUACAAAUGCUGUGUGUGUAGAUUGGUAGGAGGAGAGCUCUCAGCUGUUUUACAGCAUCUUUUCUUAUCAAUGAAUGAAUUAUAAUUCACCAAGCU